AUGUCUUCCCCUGCUCCAGCGACAGAUCUACCUCUCACGAAUACUUCGCAAAUCUUUAACCUUUAUCUAACAACCUCAUGUACCAAUUGGACUGUCACCUUGGGAGACAAGACGCCGCUUUACUAUGUUCGAAAAUUGCUCUUCACAUUUGGAAAACCCGAUUUAACGUUUCAUAUUGGGAAAGAUCGCAAUGGCACUGUUGCCGCUGUAUCCAAUUUUGUGACCUUUUCCAGUAAAUCCAAACUCGGCCUCGGUGACCCUGCAGCCGUGACAGACAUGUUAUGGGAGGAUUUAACCCGAGAGAGCAGAGACCAUUCAAGAUACCGCUUUGAAAUGAAUAUCUCCUCCCACCAUGGCCCUGAAAGGCGAGGAUUUCUCUGGAAACGGACUCACUCUGUUGGAGUCGACGGCUCGAAACCAACUAAAUUCAGUUCGAUGAAUUUCAAAUUUCUCGACGAGCAAACGGGCGAGAUACUCGGUGCCUACACAAAUAACGGGAUCAAAAGCUUUAAGAAGCAAGGGAAGUUCCAGCUCAACAAGACUUAUGGAAAAGACUUCGAAACGAUGUUCCUACUUUCUGGACUUACAAUCCUUGAACGUGCGAUCCGCCGAGAGUCAUCUCGCGGCGGAGGCGGCGGCGGUGGUGGUGGCGGUGGCUAA